CGCUAGGGUUCUUUCUUUCUUUUUUAUCGCGUCGCGCGCGCGAUUUUCUGGCCAUGUCGUACCAGCCUGCCCCCGUCUGACUCCAUUCACUCCCCUUCUGGCUGGCUGCUUGCUGCUCUGCGGCGGGCGGCCUGCGAUAGCCAGCUUCCGCAACAGUUCCACCCGACCCGAUGGACGAGGACGAGCAGGCGUCGCAGGCCGAGGGGGACACGGACAAGACGCCGGAGCCGCCUCGGUGUGGGAGGCACCCGUCCCAGCUCCUCACGGGCAUCUGCUCCUCCUGCCUCAUGGAGCGCCUCUCCUCCGUGCGGGACCCGCCCGAGGCCGAGAUCGUCGAGGUCGCCGCCGAGGGCUCCUCCGGCGCCGCGGACCGGGGCAGGCUGCGCAAGACGCUCAUGCUGCUCUUCCAGCUCGACGACUCGACCGGCGGAGGCGCCGCGCGUCCGUCCGAGGGGGGCACCCAGUCGGCGGAGUCUCAGUCCGUUUCCGCAGGAGGAGGUCCUGGUCGAGGUGGCAAGCGCAGGGGGCCCGGGUCGUGGCUCCAGUCGAUUCGUCGUCUGCCGAGGGGAGCGCUGCGGUGGGGGAGGAACGCGGCGGCCUCUGCCAGGGAGCCCUCGAUCCCGCCGCGCGGGGUGGCGGUGGAUCUCUCGCCCCACGGUUCCGGCGGCGCGCAUGCGGAGCGGAAGCCCAGCUUCCGCCGCUCGUGCGAGUGGACGGCGUCCCGGGGCCCGAGCAGAGGCUCCCUGCCCUUGCAGCCGCCCCGCCAUUCGUGGGACGGGUCCAUGGUGGGCAGGGCGUUCGCGUGCUCCUUCGCCUGCUUAGAGGAGCGGGAGCCCCCGGAUGGGGCGACGAGGAGCAACGCGGAGGAGGCGGUCGGGGAGACCCGCGCCGCGGCUGCUGAGAGCACGAAUGGCGGGCACUCGACUGAUGCAGGGGGCGAUGCCGAUGAGCGCCGUCUCAGCGGAAGGAGGUCUUGUGACACUGGGACGGAGAUGGCCGUCUCUGGUGCUGGGAGACGGAGGUCCAGCAGGUGGAGCAGGGUGUGGGAUCGGAGCAUAACCAGUCCUCUCAAGGAGUUCGUGAGGAAAGGGGAGCAUGUCCUCGAGCGCUCCCUCUCGGAAUCGAGGAGGGAAGUCCGGAGGGGUAAAAAUGCGGAGGCAGCAGACAUGGGCGGCGAAACUCAACCCGGCCGCAACGGACAUGUGCCGGGCAGAGCAAGCCAAGGCUCAAUCCGAAGCUCACAGGCUGCAAGCAAUGUGGAUGUGCACAGUUUCCGGACCGAUUGGCUCAAGAACAGCAAGAUUGGCAGAAGCAGGAGCGUGCAUUACACAUCUCCUGGGAACCUGGACAACGGGAUGCUUCGGUUCUAUCUGACACCGAUGAGAAGCUCCAGAACUGCGAACAGGGGGAGGAGGAGAAGUUCGCGCUUGUUUGCGCGAGGACUUUUCGGUUUCAUAUAAGUGGCUCAAGUAGAGCGUUAGCCCAUGCCAUGCGUUUUUUUAAAGAUGGCAGCAGCAGAAGCAACUUUUCUUUGGAAUCUACUUGGUUUCUAAGGAUUGGCAUCCUCGUAAGUUGCCCGUCAUAUCCUUUCUUGUAGGUGACUGUUUGAUCCCAACUUAGACUCAAAGAAGCUUCACUGUUAGUUGCAGAUUUGCUGCUCAUUUCUUUUUAAAAUGUUUCUUAUAGAUGGAAUCUGGACACACCUGUGCAGAUUAGUAUCACAAUGUAAUUAUUUUUGUUGAUAAUAAUAUUUGCACCAUUUGUUC